UAUUUUCAGUUACUCUUGAAGUUCCUUAAUGCAUAAAUACUUGAAGUAUUUCCACAGAACAGUUCCUUUUGCAUGAAUACAAUCAAUAAACACAAACACAGAUGAGGAACAAAACACAGUUCACUCCAGAGGAGAAACUAGUACUAGUUCGUUGGCAUCCUGAAGACACUAAAACUGUCUGAAAGUGUAAAUGAAAAUAUAGAGAGGAGUACAACCUGCAAAAUGAGCAGAAAAGAUGGACAAACCACUAAUAUCUACGAAAAUGAUGACGUUAUAAAAGAAAGUGAUAAUGUGAAGAUCAGAAGCUCCAGAGCAGCUGCAGUGUGUUUGGUGCUGCUGUGUGUUCUUCUGCUGACUGCAGUCAUAGUGCUGUGUGUCCACAUCCAUACAAAGAGCUCAAACUACACACCAGAGACACACCAGCUACUAACUAACAUCACCAACCUCACAGAAGAGAGAGAUGGGUUGAAAAUAAAGAUCAAAAACCUGACCAUUGAGAGAGAGCAGCUAAAACUGGAGAAAAAUGAUCUUCAGAUGAGUCUUGGUAAACUGGCAGAAGGAUGGGUUUACAAUCAAUCCAGUUUUUACUUCAUUUCCUCUGAGAAGAAGAACUGGACUGAGAGCAGAAGAUACUGUACAGAGAGAGGAGCAGAUCUGAUCAUCAUAAACAACAGAGAGGAACAAGAAUUUGUCAAGAACAGUUUUGAUCGUUUUUGGAUUGGUCUGACUGACAGUGAUGUGGAGGACAGAUGGAAAUGGGUUGAUGGCAGCGCACUGACCUCUGGGAUCUGGAGGUCUGGACAGCCUGAUAAUUACAAUGAUGAAGACUGUGCUUUUACUUCUUCAACAGGAUGGUUUGAUUAUCCAUGUAAAGAAGCAUUAAGAUGGAUCUGUGAGAAGAUUAUUUUUAAAUGACACACUUCAAUAAAUAUGUGAGCAUAAUGCAUUAUGAACACAAAAGCAGCUCAUAAUAAUGUAAUAAAGCAAAAUAUAAUUACUGUACAUAAUGUAAUCAGUAUUACAUUACUAAUAACUUAAAACAAACUAUUUGUCAUCUACAAAUAAAAUGAAAAGCAUCUUUAUAGAGAAUAAUAUCACUAUAAUUAUAGUUUUGUAGAAAAUGAUUUUUCUUAUGACAAUCAUUUACAUCUUUAUUUCUCAAAAAUGAUUACAAAUGUAUAAUUACAUAGUUAGAAAGCAGAAGUUUAAUUUUAUUAAUUUAGUGCAUAAAACCUAAACCCCCGGUUUCACAGACGAGGCUUAAGUUAGUCUCAGACUAAAAUGCAUGUUUGAUCUGUUUUAACUGAAAGUAACUUGUACUGACAGAUCUUAAAAUAUGUCAGUGUCAUUGUUUUGUCUCAAGAUGCACACCAGUAAUGUGUUUUUCUAGUGAAAGUUUAAUUAAAUGCCUUAAUUAAACUAAAGCUUAAUCCUGGUUUAGACUAAACCCUGUCUGUGAAACCAAAAUGUGUUUGUGGGUCAAAUCAACUCAAAAUGAUGGAGCACAUCAUGAUCACAAAGUUAAUAAAGUCUUUAUGAAAUUGUUGAGUUCACAAUGCAGCCUAAUAAGUCGACUUUACUUUUAAUGUAAUAUUUUGAUUACUCUUUAUUUUAAGAUGUCUUAGAGUGAAAUUAUACAUUUAAGUUCUGAGUAAUAUCAAUAACAACAUGUACUUACUAUAUGGUUAGGAAUAGAGUUUGGUUUAGAGUUAGUUUCAUGUAUAAUUUAAUUAUGCAUAAUUUAUUGUAAUAGUACUGUAAAAUAAAGUAUUACUGCUAGUUUUACAUUAAACUAUUAUUACAAUUGUGCUGAAAUGUAUUAAUAUCAAAUGUAUUACCUUAUGAACUGUCAUUACAUUAAAAGGUACUAUAGUGUGUUCAUAAUAUAAUAAAUUUCUCCUACAAAAACUUGACAUUUUGUGAAAAGAUUAUUACAUUAAAAAAUCAUUACAUGAGCUUAAGAUUUUGUUUAUACAUGACUACAUUUAUGAAGAAUUUAUUACAUUAAUGAUGUAAUACUUGUUACAUUAUGUGCAUUUAUUACAUUAUGCUUUAUUAUAUUAUGAGUUGAUACAACUCCUAAAUCACAAUUAUUGACUUAACAAAUUCAUGUUACUGUUUGAAAGGCACUUUUCUUUAUUAUGCUGUUCUGUAAUAAACUAAUUGUAAUAUUAAAGC